AUGGAUCGCCUUGCACAAGUGGGUGCUCGGAGGGUGGACAACCUAGCUGGACACAUGGAUGUACUGCAGCGGCUGAAUGUCAAUCGGAGCAAAGAAGAACAGGGAGACAUCGUCAUGUGGCUCCCUCACGAGAACGAGAGUUCCUCGAUCGAGCUGCCUCCUCGCUUCAGGUUCCCAUUGUGCAUCGUGCAGAAGCACCUCAUAGUGAAGAAUGAGACCUGGAACCGUGUCCUAGACGUGGUCUCCUGGAGUUUUCGUUUCGUUUCGCUGCAGCAGGUGUGUUUCCGAUAUGUCGACACGAUGGCUCGCCGUGGCAUGCUUCAGACGGCUAUCGUGCCCGCUUGCAAGGCCCGAGAGCCGGCACAGUCACUGGUCGGCUUUGUGCUCCCUCCAGGAGAAGUCUCCUUUAUCAGGGUCUCCUUUUUCCAUCUCUCCAUAAUCCAGCUGGAUUGGCUACACGUAGUCGAUCUGGGCAUGAACUUGGAAUUUCUCGGGGGCACAUUUAAACACAUCAUCGACCAUCAUCUGGAGGGAUCCAGCUUUGCCGACCGCUGCAAAAGAUUGCAUCGCGAGAUGAGAUGGUGCAGUACUACGAUUGCCAACCGACUGGCAGAGCUCAAGCCGACCAUGCUCAGACAGGACAAGCCGUUCGCCAAACUGAGAGCGAAAGCUGCCGAGGCUCGAUGCCUCGUCCCCUUCGUAGUGGUCCUGUGCCAAGCUCUUUUAGAUCCGACUGAUGAGUUCGAGAUGAACUUAUUGGCCGCAGCCCAGGCUUUCGAUGCUUGCUAUAGGCAAGUCACCCCGGAAAUCUUUGAGCAGCAGGACCUUGCAAAUGCAGGGGCCCAGUUUGCCAAUAGGUAUGUCUGGCUGAGUGCCAGAGCAAAAGCCAAUGAUUGGAAACUGUUUCGCAUCAAACCCAAGCUGCACAUGUUCUGCGAGCUGACCUAUGCAGCAGCAGUCUGCCCGUCCACAUCGUGGACGUAUCGUGACGAAGACUUCGGUGGAAAGGCCGCCUUACUUGCUGCCCGAAGGAGCGGCAAGAACUCCGCCGUUGCUUUGGGCCGGAGCUUUUUCAAGAAGUUCGCAUGCCUGCACGAAGUGCCCUCCUUGUGA